CGCCACCCAUCGCGAACGAAAAGGUGUAACAUUAGCGGGGUAUCAUAGCCAUGAAGAUCCUUAUUGUAAAUGGUUUUGCCAAUGGCAGUCACGAGCGGUACCUUCACUUCAAACAGCUUGUGAUGCACGCCCUACGUUCGAUUGCAAAGCUCGACGUCACCGGCAUCACCAUUGUGGAAAAACACCGGAGUGACUUGUCCGAGUACAUCUUUGAACUGCACACGGGCAACGCCGACCCAGCGGCGAUCACCCACUUUGACGGGCUCGACUUCGUCUUUCUCGACGGCGACUGUACCAUUCCGCCGUGGCAUCCUGGCUACAAAAAGGUGUGCACUUUGGUCAAAAUGUGCAUGAUGACCGGCAAGUGCCUCUUUGGAGCCAACUUUGCAGCGUCCGUCUUGGCGUAUUUAUGCUCCACGGGAGGCGAAAUGAUUCACGCUCUCAACGGGAACGGCCGGGGCGCCCCCCUAAAGAAUGUCCAGUCGAUGCCAGCCCCCGUCGACGACGAUUUUCAACCACACGCCGUGGUCCUGGAUAGCGACACGGGCGACUACUAUGCGUAUAACGCCGGCCGCUUGGAGUGGGAGCCCAAGGGAAACACGGGGCUCGUGCUGCAUAGCAGCGAUCGAGAUCGAGAUUUCGGAGCUCGACCCAACUCGGCCAGGGCUGGCACUCGAAGGCGGGAUGGGAAGCUCGACCACUUGACGCCGUGCUUGUCCCGUCUAGCCGACUUGAAGUGCUGUGGCCGACUCGAAAUGCAAAAUCAUGUGUACCUCAAAGGCCUCCGACAUGGGCAAUUCAUUGUGAAUUGUACCAGCAAAUGGGAUCUGGACGAGCGCAUUACAUGUACCAGUGGCAACAAGUACACGGUGGUGGUGGAUAGCCCCCGUGGCCCGCUCCUGAUCGAGUUUGGCAACGCCCUGUGUGCUCACUUCUCCAUAUCUAACGAGUACCCGGAAACAGCCACGAUUCUCGAGAACUUUGUCGUGUCCAAGUUUGACCAGAUCAAACUGCAUGAGCACGUCGAUCGUAGCUACAUGUCGUCGGUGUCUGGGAUGUUGUCGUCAAGCGGGGGCGCAGGCCCCCCCAAACACAUAGCUAGCUUGUCAGCCAACUUUGAGCCCCCCGCCCCGCCCCCGAGGUUGGACUCUACGACCCAUGGCAAAACUUCCCCGAAAAAGUGCCGCCCGUUGUCGGCCGCGUCAUCUACUGUUAAAGCCAAGCCCCGCCCCCACUCCGCGACGCCCACGAUGGUGGCCAAACUUGGUCAAGUCAAUCGCCUAAGGACAGACAACAACACCACGGACAAUCAAACUGAACGGACCGAUGGUUCCCCUGAAAAGAAGCAUGAUCCUGCGACCCCAAUCCCCCCCGUCGCGAACAACCAUCCAAGCGGCGAUAUGAAAUUCAUGCCGCCGAAAGCAAAGGCAUCUAGAAUCAAAGUGUGUCGAGUGGGUGACCCCCACAAGCCGUACUGCGCGUACCAACGAUUCCAAAAGAUGGAAAAGACAGCAGCAUUGGGGGGGACGUACUACUCGGUCGUGAACGAUGCACCAUACGUGGGGAUGUUCGAGAAGCAUGUUGUCGAAGGCGAGAAGAGCAAACUUCGAUGGAUGGGGGGGCCAUUUCGCACCACGUUCGGCAAAGCGUCAACGCAUGUGCACCCGGAAGAAGGGAUUCUCGGCGCCAAAUACCCAUACAACGUGCGACACAUCCCGGCCAAUGUUCUCGAGCCUGCACGGACUUCAGACCAUCCCAAACCAAAAUCGAAAGUGAAAACGAAGCGGAUAACAUGAUGCGUUGGGACGUUAUUCAUCUCGUUGGAAUUGUAUCGCAAUAAAUGGC